UUUUUUUUCUUGUGUAAGUUCCAGCAUUCAUCAACAUACGCUUUAUUUAUUUAUUUUUUUGCUACAGAUCCUCUGAUUUUUAGGUAAUAUUUGCAUCCUUUGUAAACACGUCUUUCAUUUGCAUCCAUGUGGUUUCUUAAGCAUUUUGUUAGGAAAAAAAAAAUCUCAUUUUUAAAUAUUAUAUAGUUUUGGUGCCUUGACUUUGUUUCUUUUUUGGCGUAUGAGCAUAUUGACUUUGUUUCCCUUUGUGGCGUAUGAGUAUAUUGCCAGAAAAAAAAAUUGUAUAGAUGGAUGAGUUUCAAGAUUGUGAUAUGUCAAGGUUAAUUGCUUUUAGUCUUUUCGUUUUUGUUGAAAAUAAAUAUUUUAUCAAGUUAAAAGUAUGAAUUACACUUUUCUGCACGAAAUGGUUAUAGCUAAUCUUUUUCUGCGUGAAAUGAUACUAUUACGUACUUACUUUUUAGGGAAUUUGUGUUGUUGCUAAUAGUAUUUUUAUUUUCUUUCACGUAAGAAAAAUUUUCUUGGUUGGGAUAUGGACUCGUCUGAGAAAGAGGGAAGUGGGGCAACGGGCUCUCUUCCCCCUCCCCCGCCUCUGCCCCCCAAUGUGGUACCAAUCAAAGCAGAAUCUGAGCCUGCAAAGGAGGUUUCACGUGUCCCAAUGGCCGGGAAAGCUUCGCAGUUGGGGACUUUCCUGAAGUUUGAUGAGGCUCCUGAGACAUCCUCAAGCCGUAGUGGGGCGACUGCUCCUGAGACAUCCUCAAGCCGUGGUGGGGUGACUGCUCCUGGAGCCACACCUGUUCGGCAGCUGCCGUGGUUGAACAGGACUGUCGCCGAUUCUAUGUUCUUCUGCUGAGACCUUCGGACCAUGCUUUCUAUAGGCUUUUGGUUUUACCACCAACUGAUCUGAAACUCUUUUUAAGUAUAUUUAAACUUUAGAGGUAGGGCUAUCCCAGACUUGUUCUGAUGAUGAUGUGCUGUUCUCUGAAUCAUCAUCCGCCAUGUUUUCUAUAGGCUUUUGGUUUUACCACCAACUGAUCUGAAACUCUUUUUAAGUAUAUUUAAACUUUAGAGGUAGGGCUAUCCCAGACUUGUUCUGAUGAUGAUGUGCUGUUCUCUGAAUCAUCAUCCAUUUUGGUUAUAAACUUUUUGGAUGGUUGGCCCCCCACCGUAUCUAAAGAUAUGAAUGCUUGACUAGGUAAUUCACAGUGGCUUUUUCCUGUUUGGUUUAGAGAAGUGGUUAUACUACUGCCCUUUACUCUGUUCUCUUAUUUACCGUUAGGCUUGGGUAUCAGUUAACCAGUUAGAUGUGGCUUCCGAGUAACUACUUUUGUUGGUUUCUGAUGCUUAGAAAACUAUACCAUUUCGUUAUUACUUCCCUAUUAUAUAACGUAAUGCUUUUCCAAGUCGCUGGUAAAUCAAAAUUGGAAUUGGCCCAAUUAACCGAAUUAGAAGCCUUUGCGCAAUUUGCUUCUGAUCUCGAUAAAGCUACUCAGAAUCGAUUGGCAAGAGGUCAACGAUUACGUGAGUUGCGAGAAUGAGUUAUAUUUCUAGCUUAUUUAACUUUUCAGGAAAGAGUUUGUUCGUUUUGGGUAUAUAUACUACUGCCCUUUACUCUGUUCUCUUGUUUACUGUUAGGGUUGGUUAUCAGUUACUUAACCAGUUAGAUGUGGCUUCUGAGUAACUACUUUUGUUGGUUUCUGAUGCUUAGAAAACUAUACCAUUUCGUUAUUACUUCUCUAUUAUAUAAUGUAAUGCUUUUCUGUGGCAAGAAUGAGUUAUAUUUCUAGCUUAUUUAACUUUUCAGGAAAGAGUUUGUUGGUUUUGGUAGGAAAAAAAAUAGCAUACAAAAAUUUAUCGACAAUACUCCCUCUUAAAAACGAAUCUCUACUGUUUCACGUAGCAAAGAAAAAAGAAACACCAAUAUUUCAAAGGAGUCUCCAUUUCAAAACGAUGGCAACCGUAACAAGCAGGAUCAACUUUCCAGAAUUGUUUGUUG